UCUACAGGCAUUGGUGAAUCAGUCUAACGACGCUGUACCUUCUUCUUGGACCUUAAGAUUGUUCCUGAUGUCCUGGUGGUUCACUGCUUACGUCAUCGUCAUAUCCUACACGUGCAAUCUCAUAGCUUUCCUCACUAUCCCAAAAUAUCCCGUUAAACUUCAAACUGCUCAAGAUUUGGCCGAUAGUUACCACAGGGUAUGUAUGCUGAACUAUGGUAAUCAAACAGUGGAAGCCCUCAUACUGUCCCACAACCCGGCACUCACUACAAUAGCCAAGAAGAUGGACAUGGUGCCGCUCAUACCCACACUCCCAUACACCAACUCCCUAGAGUGCCUUGAACUCGUCGCGGCAGGCACCCACGCCAUGCUCGAAGCAGAUUCAUACAUAGCCAACAUAGUCCAGGAUGCAGGCUACGCUGACCGCACGUACUUCCUCAAGGAGAGGAUCCAUGAGGGUCCUACGCCCUUUUACUUCCGCAAGAACACGCCCUGGAAAUACAAGUUUGACGAAGGUAUGUCUCGUCUAAUAAGUUCAGGCUGCAUCGGCAAAUGGAAGGAAGACAUCGACCAGGCACUGAAAAGAACGCGCUACGAGAAGAAACCCGAAGGCCAGCAAGCUCUUAAGGUUGAACAUCUCCAGGGGACUUUCCUUGUCCUUGCUUUGGGUUUGGGCGUGGCGCUGGUCACUUUCAUGGUGGAGCGACACCUAGGAAGACGGGAGAGUAACCAGUGA